AAUUUCCGAAAUGUUAUUUCCAGUUCAUAUCUCAACGGUGAUGAUAAAGAUAGACCAAACCUUUUUUAUGUCAUGAAUGAAUACUGAAAAUUUGUAAGACUCGGGCUGCCAGGCUUCAUUAAGGAAACUCAUUGGGGUUACAAACUGAGAUUCCUUCAACUAUGUUGGUAAGCCCUAGAACUUGAUAUUUUCUCUUGUCUCCUGUCCACCAGUCAAGCUAUAUAUAUAUCGUUGGUUAAUGAGCUAUACAUUUUAUACUCACAAGUGAGUGAGUUGCACUCUUGUUAAUGAGAUCACCCCAAUUCACCGUAGCAGACACACGACUUUUCUCUCUCAUAGGUUGUUACUACUCCAUAUGUCCUGUUAGUUAGGACUGUACUACUACAUGGUUUAUUAAUCAAUAUACUACUACAUUGUUACUAUCAUCAUCAUCUUGUAAGUAGAUGAAGCAGCAGAUCGAACUCAAACUAGGAAGAGCAAUGGCGUCGGUGGCGGUGCCGGAGUGGCUGAACAAGGGCGACAACGCCUGGCAGAUGCUCUCCGCCACGCUCGUCGCCCUGCAGGGCUUCCCCGGUCUCGCCCUCUUCUACGCCGGCGCCGUCACCCGCAAGUGCGCGCUCACCUCCGCAUUCAUGGCGCUCUACGCCAUGGCCGCCACCAUGCCGUGCUGGGCGCUCUGGGCGCACAACAUGGCCUUCGGCCACCGCCUCCUGCCCUUCGUCGGCCGCCCCGCCCCGGCGCUCGCCCAGCACUACAUGCUCACCCAGGCGCUGCUCCCCUUCACCCUCCACCUCCACUCCAACGGCGAGGUGGAGACGGCCGCGGUGGCGCCGCUGUACCCGUCGGCGAGCAUGGUGUUCUUCCAGUGGGCCUCCGCCGGCGUCACCGUGGGGCUGGUCGCCGGCGCCGUGCUCGGGCGCAUGAGCGUCAAGGCGUGGAUGGCGUUCGUGCCGCUGUGGACGACGCUGUCCUAUACGGUGGGAGCGUACAGCAUUUGGGGCGGGGGCUUCCUCUUCCACUGGGGCGUCAUGGACUACUCCGGCGGCUACGUCGUUCACCUCGCCGCCGGCGUCUCCGGCUACACGGCCGCGUACUGGGUGGGACCAAGGAGGAAGGAGGAGGAGGAAAUGACAAUGGCGGGUGGUGGCAACCUGGUGGCGAUGGUGGCCGGCGCGGGCAUCCUGUGGAUGGGGUGGACCGGCUUCAACGGCGGCGACCCCUUCUCCGCCAACACCGACUCGUCGGUGGCGGUGCUCAACACGCACAUCUGCACCACCACCAGCAUCCUCGCUUGGGUUUGCUGCGACAUCGCCGUCCGCGGGAGGCCGUCGGUGGUGGGCGCGGUGCAGGGCAUGAUCACCGGCCUGGUGUGCAUAACUCCGGCGGCAGGGCUGGUGCAGGGGUGGGCAGCUCUGCUAAUGGGCGUCGCGUCGGGGACACUGCCAUGCUACACCAUGAACGCCGCCAUGUCGUUCAAGGUAGACGACACGCUGGGCAUCCUGCACACCCACGCGGUGUCCGGUGUUCUGGGCGGCGUCCUCACCGGCGUUUUCGCGCACCCUACUCUCUGUGACAUGUUCCUUCCGGUGACCGGCUCAAGGGGCCUCGUCUACGGCGUCCGCGCCGGCGGGGUGCAGGUGUUGAAGCAGGUCGCCGCCGCAUUGUUCGUUGCCGCAUGGAACGUGGCCGCCACGUCCAUCAUCUUGGUCGUCGUCAGGGCGUUCGUGCCGCUGAGGAUGACGGAAGAUGAGCUGCUCGCCGGAGACAUUGCCGUACAUGGGGAACAAGCUUAUUAUUUUUCGAGUGGCACCAAUUGUAGUUUAAGCCAUGAGACCAUUGAGGUCGGAAAUUCAUAAUCUUUUCUUUUCAUGAAAUUAAGCCUCCGUGCCUCACUGACAGAGUGACAGCUAAUCCGGCCAUUGUUGACACAAGUUCCUGAAUAAACUCAUCGUCUAGUUCCUCUUUUAAAAAAUCAACAACUGAUGGAAUUACCGAUUGAAGAUUUG